CCACGCCUGGGGAGGAGUAGGCGCCUUUCAGACGAAGAAGACAUCCGGACCAAUGCUACUGGGCAGUCAAAAAUAAACACAACAUCUCAGCAUAAAUAUAACAAUUUUAAUGGUUUAAAACGCACCUUUUUACAGUUUUACCAUUUUUUCUUUUCAAAAUGAUGUUGCUCCACUAAUGUAGUGGUCCGCCAUGUUUGUGUAGAGCACAGACUUACAAAGGCCUUCAUGUUAACCGGCUAACGGACGCCAAUGAUUCAGCUGGAGAAGCCGGUGCUGCCUGGUACCAUGCCGGUGGUGUGGCCCACCAUCCUGGACCUGGGCAGGGACGAAUGUAAAAGAAUUCUUCGGAAACUCGAGCUGGAGGCGUAUGCAGGCGUGAUCAGCGCUCUCCGAGCCCAAGGAGACCUGACCAAAGACAAGAAGGACCUGCUGGCAGAGCUCACUAAGAUUCUUGGCAUCUCAACAGAGCGCCAUCGCGCUGAGGUCCGCCGCGCCGUCAACGAUGAACGCCUCACCACAAUCGCAUAUCACAUGUCGGGUCCGAACAGUUCCUCUGAGUGGUCCAUUGAAGGGCGGCGGCUCGUUCCCCUCAUGCCUCGGCUCGUUCCUCAGACGGCGUUCACGGCCACUGCCAACGCCGUCGCCAGCGCCACAGCCAGUCAGAACGCCUCGCUGCCACUGCCAGCGGAAACAGGGAACAAAGAGGUGGUGGUGUGUUACUCCUACACCAGCACCACCUCCACCUCCACCAGUGCGACGGCGUCCUGCGGUCCCAUCGGAGCGACGGUCAAGUCUCCCCGUCCCGCCAGCCCUUCAUCCAACGUGGUGGUGCUGCCCAGCGGGAGCACGGUCUACGUGAAGAGUGUCAGCUGUUCGGAUGAAGACGAGAAACCCUCCAAGCGAAGACGCACAAACUCAUCCAGCUCGUCUCCGGUGAUGCUGAAAGAGGUUUCCAAAGUUUCUCCACCGAUGACCAAGAACAUCACUGUGCCUGUGAGCGGCAGCCCCAAAAUGAGCAACAUCAUGCAGAGCAUCGCCAACUCCCUGCCGCCUCACCUGUCCCCCGUUAAGAUCACCUUCACCAAACCCGCAAUCCAGACCACCAGCACCACCACCCAGAAGGUGAUCAUCGUGACGACGUCUCCCAGCUCCAACUUUGUGCCCAACAUCCUGUCCAAGUCCCACACCCACAACAAUGCCGCCCUGUCCAAGCUGGGCUCCACCUCCAUCCUGACCACGCCCACCCAGAAGCAGACGGUGGUCUUUCCUGCCAGCUCCAGCCCCUCCCCCAGCACCAUCGCGGUGACCACGGUGGUGUCCUGCACGCCGUCUGUGGUGAUGUCAACCGUAACGCCAUCUUCAGCCGGAGUCAAAGUGGCUUCAGCCAGGCUUCCUUCACCCAAGACCCUGGUGGGCUCGCCCACUCAGAUCCUGGCCCAGUUCCCCAAGCAGCAGUCCCCCAAACAGCUGCAGCAGACCUCCACCUUAGGAGCUUCCAGCAUCAGCCAGACGCAGACCACCAGCACCCCCCCACCAGGGGUCAAACCCACCAUUCAGAUCAAGCAGGAAUCAGGAGUGAAAAUAAUCACCCAGCAGGUGCAGCCCAGCAAAAUCCUGCCCAAACCUUCGUCAGUGUCUCUGUCCAGCAGCAGCUCUUCACCCAUCAUGGUUGUCAGCAGUAAUGGCGCCAUUAUGACCACCAAGCUGGUUUCUCAGCCAACAGCUUCUCAGGCAACGUACACAAGGCCAACCGUUAGUCCCAACAUCGGCGCCCGAAUCACCGCGUCCAGUGGAGGCACCACCUACGUCAAGACCACCAGUGGCAGCAUCAUCACCGUGGUGCCCAAGUCUCUGGCUACUCUGGGGGGGAAGAUCAUCAGCAGCAACAUUGUUUCCGGGACGACCACCAAGAUCACCACCAUCCCCAUGACCUCCAAGCCAAACGUCAUCGUGGUGCAGAAGACCACGGGCAAAGGGGCCACCAUCCAGGGGCUGCCAGGGAAGAAUGUGGUCACCACGCUUCUGAACGCCGGGGGGGAGAAGAGCCUGCAGGCGGUUCAGGGGACCAAACCCGCCAUCAUCACCGCCUCCAGGCCCAUCACCAAAAUGAUUGUCACGCAGCCCAAAGGCAUGAGCUGUGGAGCUCAGUCCACGGCCACCAAGAUCAUCCCAACCAAGAUCGUCUACGGCCAGCAAGGGAAGACGCAGGUUCUCAUCAAGCCGAAGCCGGUCUUCCAGACGGCGGUGGUGAGCGAACAGGCCAGGCAGCUUGUGACGGAGACGCUGCAGCAGGCGACCCGCUCGGCAGAGCUGAGCCAGGCUCAGAGCUCAGGGCAGGACGGGGCGGCGAAGGACGAAACGGGGGGUCUGGCGGAGGCCACCAGCUCCACUGGCGAGGUCCCGCACAGCAGCGGUCAGGAGGUGCAGACUGUAGUGCACCUGGUGUCCUCCAGGGAGCAGGAUUGGGCUGAACAGGAAGUGGCCGUGGAGUCGAGCCCCACGGUUAUCUACCAGGAAUUAAGCGGUGGGGAAUCCCAGUCCGCCACCUCCACCAUCAGAGCUCUUCUGGAGCUCCAGCAAACAAAAGUGAAGGACAACGCCGACGCCAAACCCCGGCAGCUCACCAUCGACCUCAGUCAGAUGGCGGUCCCCAUCCAGCUGGCCCAGGAGAAGAAGCCCAGCCCCGAGUCGCCCAGGCCGUCCACGUCCGAGGCAGAACCCAGAAGUGAGGCAGCAGCAACCAAGACUAAAGCGGGGGUGUCUGCAGAGGACAAAAACGUGGUCAUGUCCUCCAGCCAGCCGCCGGGGAAGUCCUCGAAGAGUAGCAGUCAGGUUACCGUGGUAACCAAACCAGCGCCAGCAUCAACUUCUGCGUCUCACGCGGUGUCAGACGUUCCGACCAAAACCGAAUCCGGGCUGGAGGCGUCCGAGCUGGAGGGCGACACCCUGGACCCGCAGACCGGUUUGUUUUACCGCUCCAGUCAGACGUCUUCAGACGCCGUCAAGCUCUCUGCGGCGACUCAGCAGCCGCCGCCGUCGUCGUCGAGUAAAGCUGAAGCCGAGGAGAGUCGACACACCUCCACCCCCGCCCAACAAACGCCGCCGCCGCCACAACUCCACAGCAAACCCCAGAUGAGCCAGCCUCCCUCCUCUUCCUCGGCCACGCCCCCUCUGACCAAGAAGAUCCUCAAACCCCGAGAAGUGGCCCCGCCCAAGCCACAGCUUUUAACGCCGAUCCCCAAAGACAAGCCCCUCCCUCCGCCGUCCCAAGCAGCGACAAAGGCCACGACCCCAAGCACGCCAACCAAAACUCCGGUGACGCCGCAGCUCCCGAAGCUGCAGCAGGCCCCCACCUCCCUCCACAGACCGCUGCACUCCCCCAUGUCCCACCCCCCUCCGCUGCAGGCGCACCACCCCAUCAGCACGGAGAAGGCGGCGUCCAGCCAGCCAAUCAUCACGCAGAGCGCCACCGUCACCAAGAUCACCUUCGGAAGCCCCCACCACCCCUCCCCGGUCUUCAGCAGCGGGGAGGCGGCCGCUAAGCUGAUCCCGGAGUCCAGCUCGGGGGCCGGGGGGGACAAGCCCUCGGUGUCGGACAUCCUGAAGAUCUCCAUGAUGGAGGCGGAGAUCGACCCCAGCACGGAGCCCAUGGUGGUGGACUCCUCCAGCGACUGCGGCCCCCUGGGAAAAGCGCUGGAGGUGCAGGCGGUGUCGGGCACGCUGGACUCGGGGCAGUUCAUCAGCAGCUCGGGGGUGUCCGUGCACCGCGCCAAGCCGCAGCAGUUCAGCUGCAUGCAGGGCCUCGCCGCGCAGAGCAGCAAGGACGACCUGGAGGUCAUCGAGGUCAUCCCGCAGUUCUCCAUCCUGCCGGACUCCAGCCAGUCCAACGUGGUGGUGGAGCCCAGCGGCUUCCUGGAGAUCACCAACUUCACCAGCCAGCAGCUGGAGGAGGACAGCCCCAUGGAGCAGGAGGUGGACAGCAGCAACGACGAGGCCGCCACCGCCAGCCCCCCCGACCAGCCCUAGCUCAAACCAGCAGGUUCCACUGGGGGGGUUGCUGGUCGCUCCUCCGAACUGACGGACAUGUGGUUUUUAUUGCCAAACGUGAAGGCGGUGAACGCACGACCUUCCGGUCUGCUUCUGCGAGGACGUUUACAGACACGCUGAGCGGUCGGGGAUUUUUUUUGGGUCCACUGUAUUUCAGAAACGUAAUCCCUGGCUGUGCUGAUGGCUGUACAGAUCUUUGUUACAUAAACUGUCUUCUUCUACCGACUUUGUAACGUUAAACUUUCCCGACGCUCCCGGGAUUCACGUCUUCAGGAGAGGGAACAAAGACGGAGCAGAUCCUGCUUUUUCUGAAGGAGCAGAACCAGGAAAGAAACUCGAGAGAGCUCUGAAGAAAAAAGAAAAACCACCUUUUGUUUGUUUGUUUGUUUAAAAUAUAUUCUAUAGUUCAAAAAGAGCUGCCGUGAAAAUUUAAGAAGUAUGCAUUUAUUUUUGCAUAGUGUGUUUAAACUUUCAGUUAUUUUCUAUAUUUUUAAACUAGACGACGUAGUAAUCCACACAAUAUCUCACCUGAAUAGGAAAUGCAUAACGUAGUUUCUGCAUUGAAAAACAAAAAUGUCUGUUUCUGUUUUGUCCAUGAAAUCAUUAAACUGUUUUAAGUUUUCAGUUAAA